AUGCAAGGAGAUAUCGCCGAUACGGUGGAUAUUGAUAUUUCGGUGUUGGACAUGGUUGAUCGGUGUUAUGGGCCUGUUGAUAAGGAUGGCCAAUCUGCUAAACUUUUGGUGAUGCGAAUCAGACUGUGCGAUAUAUACAGCACUACAGCGAACCGGAUAUUAUACCACGUUACCUCUCAUCAACCAUAUGCUGAGAAAGGGACGACCGGGUAUGAUAUGACGGGACAGAGUGACCAUCAAGAUGGAGGGAAACUACCGACGCAUUCGCUAUCGAUAUAUCGGGUUUUGGACAUGAUGUGUCUGUCUACUUCCACCUCACAUCCUAUACAUCACUACUACCCCGAGUAUGAAGACAUCGAGAAAGACCGCCCGAUUGUCAUGAUCGACAAGAAUGAGCCUUUCCUCAGACAAGUGGAUCCGUACAUCCAUAUCCCGAUCGACGUCAACGCACGCCCGUAUAACCUGGACAACAAGUUCAAAGGAGAGUACCUCGCCAAGCCCUUCAUUCGAAAGCACGAUCCCAUCAAGAAGAUGCCUGGAAGCGAAAACAGACGGCCUAGAAAGGGGUCAUCAUCAGUUUACAUCGUCCACCCUACAGACUAGUCAAAUGGUGCCAGUGAGAAAUUCGAUACGCCCACACUGCCACUUUCUUUCCUAUCCUUUACGCCCAAGCUACUUCUGGUAAUGGACCAGCUCGGAACCUCUUAUAAGCUGGAAACCUGCUUCUAAGCCCGCUCUAUACACCCCAUACCGAUCCUUUGAAUCACAUCCCAGAGUCAUCCUCUGACUCUCACUCCGCAACCUCAGGUGCGGUUGGGACGCUCCUUCACCAACAAGCCAUGAAGCGG